AGGUUACGUAACGCCAGUCGAGCGGCGGCCGCUAUUCGGGUAGGACGUGUCGUCGCGGUCCAGAAAACUGUUGGAAUAAAUAACAACAACGUGUUUAUCCUCGUAAACAACGCGCAACUUUGUUUGGGACUUGGUCGAAGUUCGUUGGAGAACCACAAUCCAAAAUGGCAGCGCGGCCUUCAGCGCCGGUGCGCGCGAAGAAACAGAACCACGCCAACAUUCCGUGUCCCAUAGAGAACUGCGCGCGGUUUACCUACGGCAAGCUGCCCGACCAUCUCACCAAGAUCCAUGGACUUACCGGCGCAGAGCGAGACGCCCUCAACGAGCAACAGAGAAAACGCUUCUUCAACGGAGAACUCUGUCAGGUCCGGUACCUCAAAGAAUCUGCCAUCCGAGACCUAUGGGGCACCGACUACGAAGACCCACGCAUCAGGGCCAAAAUACACCAGAGCUAUGCCCUCGUCAAAAUCAGAAUCAUACCAUUAGCUGCUACCCAACGUGCUAGACCACUCACCGAACAAGACGCGAACGUCCUCACCGCUUAUAAUGCCCGAACGGCCCCGAGGCCUGCUCGUGUCCAACGCACCAGGACAAGGCCGAGACCAUACACGGUCCCUGAAGCCAGCCCGGCCGAGAGACGAGCUUCAAGCGAGUCCAGUGAAGAAGAGAACACACGCAACCCUCUCCCACCGUCCCCACCUCCGUCUUCCCCCUCAUUACCACCAUCCCCAGCCCCAUACGAACUCCAGCCAGUCGAAACACGUCUACGAGACAUCUUCGACACCAAAAUCGAUGCUGGCUACAAAGCCGUCAUUGAUGACAUGAAGAAAUCCAUGACGAUGGGCAGAAAUUUAGGUGCAAGGAAGCGGAAAGCAUACCGCACUUACAGGCGCUACGCGAAACGACUGAUAGCAUAUUUACAUAGACAGCACUCGCCGUUGGCUUAUGAUGUGGACGUCCUUCUUUGUGGAGAGAGACAGGUGUGCGCAUUCCUCGAACGCAUCAGCAGCGAGCACAAAACGAAGACGCUACGGAACUACAUCGUUGCUGCAAUCAAGCUGCUGGAUUCGCGGUUGUUCGCGAUCGAAACUGAUCCCUCUUGCAAAGAGAAGGUUACAUCCAUGACCAGAGUCUAUGAAGUGCUGCAUGGCCGCCUGAACGAAUGCGACCGACUGCUCGCCCAAAAAGAAGCAGAAGUCACCAAAACCACCACCGCUAGCUUCGACAGUGACGUCAUGGAUCAGUCCUUCAAUGACAGCUAUGACGAGUUAGAUUAAGCGUCAGAAAUUUGAUCAGCACUAAAUCUGCAUGAUGAUGUCCAACUCAAUGGAGCUUUAUAUUUGUGGUAUUUUAAUUAAUAUUUAAUUGUAAUUGUAGUUCAUUAGUUACCAACCCAUCGGAUUUGUUAUUGUAUAUCAGAUGUUUCCUUGUAAAUAUAUUUUUAAAUUAGUAUUAUAAUCUAGUCAUAGAUUUAUUAGCAGUCAGUAUUAUUAA